AGUUUAAAGAGACAAAUGCACAAAACAAGACAUUGUUUUCGAUGCAAAAACAAAUGAUUGUUGCAAAAUGUGAUUAUUGGAAAGGAAUUUCUUAAUUGCGAUUUGUUGUGAUCAACCUAAAGUCCAUUUGGUGCACUAAACUACUGAAAAAGAAGUGAUAUUUUUGUUCCUCAAGCCACUCACAAUGAAACCCAAUGUCGCUCGCAGCCGAAUUCGUCGGGAGGAAUUGAAUCCGGUGUUCCAUUGGCAAAACAAGGAAGAAGACGAUAAGGUGCUGAGCAAGGUUAAGAUCAAGCAAGCACUGAAAACGGGCACUCUGAACCUGUCCGGGCAGGGCUUGGCAACGGUGCCGGAAAAACUCUGGAACCUUAGUGAUUCGGAUGAUUGUGACAAAGAUGUGCGCUAUGAUUUGGACCGAUCAAACGACGAAGACAGCUGGUGGAAUCAGAAAACGUUAACUAAUCUGGAUCUAAGUUCGAAUGCUCUAACCAGCAUAAGUGAGAAUGUGAGAAACUUGUCGGAUUUGACCGUGUUGAAUCUACAAGAUAACGCUCUAACAGCUUUACCAGAAGGAAUCGGUUGCCUUACUAAAUUAAUCAAACUUACCCUGAGUCGUAACAAGCUAACGGAUCUACCCGAAAGUUUCUUCAAUUUGAAGGAGCUAAAAAAUCUUAAUCUUUCGCAUAACGACUUUGCUGAAAUCCACAGUAAUGUGAGCGAUCUGAUCAUGUUAGAAGUGCUGGACAUUUCUUUUAACAGUCUUAACUCGCUACCAGGUGGAAUCGGGUUCCUAGUCCGUUUACAACAGCUAACACUCAAUAAUAACCGUCUCGUAGAAUUACCGAACGACAUUGUUAAUUUGAGAAACCUCCAUAAAAUGGAACUAUCGAAAAACGAUCUGAAACUACUACCGCCGGUGAUGGGCGAAUUGCGCAAGCUGGAAUGCCUCUAUGUGCAACAUAAUGACAUUGGAGAACUGCCCGAUUUUACGGGAUGCGAUGCACUGAAAGAACUUCACAUUUCGAAUAAUUUCAUCAAAACUAUUCCUGCCGAUUUCUGUGAAAAUUUGCCACAAUUGAAGGUUCUUGAUCUGCGCGAUAACAAGAUCGAAAAGCUGCCGGAUGAAAUAUCGAUGCUUGCCAGCCUAACUCGAUUGGAUCUGUCGAAUAACUCGAUCAGCAGUUUGCCAUCUUGCCUAUCCACUCUUGCCCAUUUGGUGAGCUUGCAGGUCGACGGCAAUCCGAUACGUUCGAUUCGCAGGGACAUCAUACAGUGCGGCACGCAACGCAUUCUGAAAACUUUGCGGGACCGUGACGGUCCAGGCACGUUGAAACACGAGCAAGUUAAGGCUCCCUUUGAAGAAAGCACCUUUCCGGAUGUGUAUCAGAUGAAAAAAGGCAGAUCUAUGAUUGUGAGCAAUAAAAAUCUGAUCGACAUCCCGGAUCAGGUGUUUCUCGAUGCGAUGGAGGCGUCGGUCUAUAAUAUUGAUAUUAGUAAAAAUAAACUAGCGGAUGUUCCAGCUGGAUUAGCAAAUCUCGCGAAUCUUCUAACGGAACUAAACCUUAGCUUCAACCUACUAAAAACCAUACCGUCGUUCUUCUCGCAGUUCGAUCGCAUAAGCUAUUUAAACAUUUCCAACAAUUUGCUAACGGACCUCCCGGAAGUGGUAGGUCUAUUGGUUACGCUGCGUGAGCUGAACGUUGCCAACAAUCAGCUCAAGCUGCUUCCGGCGUGUAUCUUCGAGCUGAAGGGUUUGGAAAUUUUGCUUGCUCGCGAUAACAAAAUCGAAGAAAUCGAUGCCACUGAACAGGGUCUCGGUGGUUUGCCGCGGCUUUCCACUCUGGAUCUGGCGAACAACAACAUCAAGCAGGUUCCGCCCAUUUUGGGCCUGCUGAAGAAUAUUACGACGCUGGACAUAAUAGGGAACGGUUUUCGACAACCGCGUCACCAAAUAUUAGAGAAAGGAACCGAAUCAAUUAUGGCCUAUCUGAGAGAUAGAAUACCUAACUAAAUGGAUACAGUGACUUGUUUGCAGGCUUUCAUCACCAAAAAAUAGCUUAAUUAUUAAAAUUUUGUUGAUAUAAACAUGUCCUA